UGUUAGCUCCUACUGUUGUGGAGCUCAAGCUUGGACUUUCCCUCAUGCUUACAUCAUGUUACUUUACUCUUUCCCAUACAUCAUUGUUUCUCAUUUUUCAGACACCAUUAUUUCCAAGCCCCCUUCCUUUAUUUAAUUAAAAAAUAGGCAUUCCCUUCUCUUAUCUAAGUCUUCCUCCCCUUCUUGGCAUCAGUUAUGUAUUCACCUCAUUUAUCUCCUACUGGAUUUUAUAAUUCACAACACGUUUGUAUGAAAGGCCUAGUUUGUAUGCCAGAAGCUGUGCUUUCAUUGUAUAUGGACUUUUACAGCUUGUGUUUUAUAUUUAGUGCAAACCUCUACAGAUUAUUACUGUUUUGACCAAGAUCUGGCCACUGCUAGUUCUACAUAUACUUCUUUUGUUAAUGAUAUACUUGGUGGUGAUGGUUGGUGAUCUUAAAUGCAUUUCCUUCCCAAAGGUGGGUGUCAAGCUCUGAUCAGCUUCCUGGUCUCUCAAUGCGAUUUCCUCUCUCUGCUCAAGUAGCUCAGACCACAGUGACACAAAAUAUAUAAAAAGAAAUACCGGAUAGAGCACUAGCAGCAGUUGUCAGAAAUGGCAGCAUUGGUCUCCAAAGAUUCAGAGGGUAUAUACACUGACCUGGCCAGUCCAGACAAAGAUGUGUACAGCACACUGGGCCAGACCUCACUCAACAGCCCAGGAACUCAGCACACAGAGCACAGUGGGCAAAGCUCAUAUCCCUACAGACGGGUUGCAGUGAGUCUGGGGCUGCUGUGUGCUCUCUUAUUGGCUGCCACAGUAGUCCUGUGUGUCCUCUAUAAAAGUCUAUCAGAGAACUAUUCAAUGUUGGAGAGAGAUCUGGAGGAGCUCAGAAGCAACUGCAGCACCAUGAAUACAGAGAAAGUCCAGCUACAGAGCAAUGUGUCUAACCGCUGUCUACAGGGCUGGGCACAGUUCUCUUCGAAGUGUUACUACUUCUCUAAUGAGACGAAGAGCUGGGAAGACAGUCGCAGUGACUGCAUUAAAUGGGGAGCUGACCUGGUGAUUAUAGAGAGUGAAAAGGAACAGCGGUUCAUCAACAACAAAAUAAGAAACUAUACCUGGAUUGGACUGAGUUACUCAGCAGCUAGGGGUUACUGGCUCUGGGUGAAUGGAAGCCCUCUGCACGAAGGAUUCUGGGGGAGAGGAGAGCCAAAUAUUGGAUUUGAAUGUGCCAUGUUUGCCCAUUCGAUGAAGGCAUGGGCUUCUUUUUACUGUUCUUAUGACCAUAAUUUCAUCUGUGAGACUAAUGCUCUGCCCCCCUAAACCAUUUUUUAUCGUUGUCUGUUUUUGGUUCUCUCAUCUUGUGAGAGGCCGUUGACCAUGCCAGGGUUGACAGUCAAACACAGGACCAAUAAGCAUACCACAAUGUUACCGUUUCUGUUGGGAAUAUAUGGAAUAUACAUACUGCUUUCUUUACUAGAAAUGUAUCUGUGAGACUAAGCUUUAUUAAAUGCAUUGAAAUGACUGUACAUGCAGAGUAGAUUUUAACUAUUACAUUAUUGGUUCUAUGGACAUAUUGUAAGUAUAAAAAAUCAAAAACCAUACAUUUUAAAUGGUCCUCAACUUGAUGUUGUGAUACUGUAAAUUUAAAUUGAAAUCGAGAACAGCAGUCACUGCUAAAAAAGCAAAUGUGUUCAUUGGGCCUCAUUUAUCAAUAAUUUCGUAAAUAUGCACAUAAGUUUCCCCGUAAAAUUAUACAAACUAACAACUGCCGCCGCAUUUAUCAAACAUUCGGAGGCACUUAGUUUCAAUCGUAUUCCCGUGCGUAUGUUGAUAAAUCCCAAUCAGUCGUAAAUUGGAAGCGCGUUCGCGGUCGCCUCAUUGUAGCGCACCUCACGCGGUGACAGGGGGUCGGCCAGUGGGGUCAUCAACCACUGCUUCAGCGGGUAACCCUCAUCCCCUAAGGGUUUAAGGAACGUGGAGGGUUAGAUAAAACGUUGCCAAUGCAGGUUUGGAGUUACUAAAUGUCAAACAUCAUGCUUACCAAUGAGCCAGCCAUCCUCAACAGCUCUAUGCGCCAAGCGAUUCCCCACAGAGCAGUUUUGCAAAACAAAUGAAUCACGUGUUCCUCCAGGCCAAUGAGCAACAACAUUGAGGACAUGGCAAGCUGCGUCAGAUAUCAAUUGGACGUUGAUGGAAUGAUAUCCCUUCCUAUUCAAGUAGCAAAGGUGUCGGUGAUGGAGAUUUAAUGUGCACAUGGGUACAAUCUAUGGCACUGAUCGUAGGAAGGCUGGCCUGAUUGAAAAGGGCCUGUUUGAUACCAAUUUGGCUCUGCGCACUAUAGGGAACUCGAAUAUACUCCGGGGCUAGUUUAACAAUAGAAUUAAGCACACUGGACAGUAUGUGGCUCAUGGAGGGUUGGGAUAUUGCAGACCGGUCACCAAUCUCCCUCUGGAAAGUG